AUGACGACAAAGAAAAUCAACCCUUUAGCUGUCGAGGAGCCUCCAGAAGGAAAAAAUGAGAAGGAGGAGGAGACCGAAGGAGCAGCGAGGGAAGGAGAGUGGAGCCUCCAGUCCCAGGUUCCAUUUAAGGUGUUACGAGGCCACAGUGAUGCUGUCACGGCAGCUCGCCUCUGCUUCAACAACAGCUCCGUCCUCAGCUGCUCCUCUGACCGCAGUGCCAUCCUCUGGGAUGUUGAGAGCUGCAGACCUUUGAGAGUGUUUGAUGAACUUCAUGGUCGCACCAUCACUGAAUGCACUUUGUUACCAAACAGCAACAGGAUAGUGACCGUUUCCUGGGAUAAAAAUAUGGUGGUCACAGAUCUGGAGACAGGGCAGACUCUGUUGCAAUGCAGGCUGGGUGGCCUGCUGACCUCCUGCAGCUCCUCAUCUGAUGGCCGUCUGCUCGUCUGUGCAGCAGAUCCACAGAACAGCAUCUACAUCAUCGACUCUGAGAGUGGACAGACACUGCACCACGUCAGCAAUCAUCACCGUUCCACUAUCACUCGGUGUCGGUUUGACAGUCAGAAACGAGUGGCCACAGUCUCUGCAGACCGGGGCAUCAAACUGUGGGACCUGCUGACCCAGAAAACCACUGUUUCCAUCAAUAGUAGUCACAACAACGUUGUCUCUGAUUGCUGCUUCACCAACAAUGGACACUUUCUUUGCACGGCAUCGUGGGAUAAAAAUCUGAAGCUGUGGGACCUGCAGUCUGGAGGGUUUCGUUCUCACGGUGGGACUUUGCUGCAGAGCAGCCACGAAGGCAGUGUGAGCUCCUGUUGCUUCUCUGCUGACGCACACCUGCUCGUGUCUGGCUCCUAUGACAGGACUGUUGCAUUCUGGGAUAUGUCCACCCUCUGUCAGACUCUCAUCCUGAAGGGCCACACUGACUGGGUCACGGACGUUUCAUUCGGGCCUGACAAGAAGCUGGUGGCAUCUGCCUCCAAGGUAUACAGUCUCAACCCACUGACAACAUCUCUGCAGGAUAAAACAGUCAGAUUGUGGAACAUUGAAAAUAUGGAGGAAAUCCCAGAAGUCGUGGAGAAGAGGGCGACUGAAGAAGCAGGAAUCCAUAUCCUUAAGUGUGAGGAGUGUGGAAAGCCGUUUCCUGUGUCCAGACUACAGACCUCAGACCUGCUGACUCAGUGUGUCUUCUGUCGACUGACAUCACCCUCCAGAUACCGGCCACAGCCUCCGCCUCUCGAGUGACUUGUAUUGGUGAAAAUGGACAUCAGCCAUAGAUCAGCAGCUGGAGCCGUACGUGUUGGUGACUCGAGGAAACGCCUGCAGGGUUGGAGUGACGGGGUUCGACAGGACAAAGGGGCCGGAGGCGGGGCCAUCCUCCUGUGUCUGAGGGAGAAAACAUGCAAACAAAGACCUG